GAACAAACAGACAAUAUUGUAUUGUGUCAGUUCAAUAAGUCACAAUACCCGCGUUUUCAAAAAGACAUCACAUGACUUGAACCACAUGACAUAAAGAUGGCGGACAACCCACCAGUGGUAGGCGUGCCCCCAGAAGCAAAAGAGAGAUAUGACGCAAUUAAGGCAGCAUUCAGGUCCAAAUUUGAAGGCAAUCCUACAUUUUAUGCCAGAGCAUCUGGGAGGGUGAAUCUCAUUGGUGAACACAUCGACUACUGUGGCUAUGCUGUUUUGCCUAUGGCCAUUGAACAAGAUGUCGUCUUUGCCACCAGACCUAACGACUCAGGCAAAAUUACCAUGUCUAACACAAACCCCAAAUAUCCUGAUUUUGAGACGGAUGUUGAGAGCUUCAGCAUCAGCAGCACGGACCCCCAGUGGUACAACUAUGUGCUGUGUGGCGUCAGGGGGGUGAUGGAGCACGUGGGCAACAAGGGGCAGGGCUUCACGUGCAUGGUGGAGGGGACGGUGCCACAGAGUGCAGGUCUGUCCAGCUCUAGUGCUCUCGUGUGCUGUGCUGCUCUCACCACGAUGCAUGCUAAUGGCUGGACAAUGUCCAAGAAAGAGAUUGCUGACCUGUGUGCUCAUUGUGAACACUACAUCGGUACGGAGGGGGGCGGGAUGGACCAGGCUAUCUGCUUCAUGGCACAAAAGGGAACUGCAAAGUUGAUAGAGUUCAACCCCUUGAGGUCAGUGGAUGUAGGGCUACCAGAGGGUGCUGCCUUUGUCAUCAGUAACAGCUGUGUAGAGGCCAACAAGGCUGCGACAUCCCACUUCAACAUCCGGGUUGUGGAGUGCAGACUUGCAACACAGGUGAUGGCCAAAGCCCGGGGGGUGGAGUGGAAGGGACUGAAGCGUCUUGGGGACCUGCAGCAGCAGCUGGGUCUGGGUCUGGAGGACAUGCUGGGGGUGGUGGAAGACGUCCUGCACCAGGAACCCUACUCCAAGGAUGAAGUGUGUCAGAUCCUUGGAGUCACUGCUGAGGAACUUGCCAGCACCACUCUCAGCGCUAAUACUCUCACAACACAAAGCUUUAAACUGUACCAGCGUGCUAGACAUGUAUAUGGCGAGGCUAAUCGUGUGUGGCAGUUCAAGGCCGUGUGUGAUGACAAACCAGCCAAUGGCCUGGAGCGUCUUGGGGAGCUGAUGAGUGCAAGUCACGCCAGUUGCCGGGACCUGUACGAGUGCAGUCAUCCUGACCUGGACAAUCUGGUGGACAUCUGCGUGAAGGCUGGGGCGCUUGGGUCCCGUCUGACCGGAGCUGGGUGGGGCGGCUGUGCCGUGUCCGUGGUACCAGCAGACCAGGUCAAGCCAUUCCUUGCCAAAGUGAAAAAAGAAUACUAUGAUAACUCACAACGCCAAUCUCAAGUGGCAACAUCGCUGUUUGGUACCCAGCCUGGUGGCGGCGCUGCUAUAUACACAGAGUGAAUGACAUCACCAAACUUCAUCAAGUGCCUUUUACUUCUCCUUGAAUGGCCACAUUCACCAAAGCUCUGUCAAAAUGUGAAAUUAUGUGUCGGCUUGUAUUGUUAAUGUUUAGACAAAUAGAGAGGUUGUAUUGUUUGGUCACAAUUUUGAUCUGUGGAACUGAAAUUAUUUCAAAUCUGUUUAUUUUCCAGUCACACAAUGUUCACGUGUAAUGUGAAUUAAAAUCUCUGACAGAUUUACCACACUGAUGUUAAAAGUCCAGUUUCCACCCUUGCCGAACUAGGCCGGAAUUUCUGGGCUUGAUUGUAGCGCCACCAGUUGAUAUUACGAGUUAUGUCCCUUCUAUGUCCCGCCUACUGACCAAGCAGAUUCUACCUCUCAUAUCACUUAAAUUUGCCUAACAAAAUUGCGGUGACCAGUAAAGACGAUCUCGUCACUAAUAAAGAUCUUCAUUGUAAUAAAACAGGUUUUAACUUGCAAAGUGCAUCCAAUCACAUGUGUACCUUUACUAAAAACAUGAAAAGAUUUUGAAAAUAUCUGUUGACGCCCAGUUGACGAAACACAUGAUCUGCAAAUCUUGCAAUCAAACGAAUUCGUCAUGGCAGUUGCCAUGUUGUUUAUGAAGCAGAUGUCAAUUUCGUUAAGGGGAUUUUGACUGGACUAUGCAUAGACUCGUCAGUCCAGCCAAAAUUCCAAAAUUCCAACCUAAUUUCUGUUUAGUCUCUAGUCACACAUUGUUCGGUUGUAAUGGAAAUAAAAUCUGUGACAGAUUGACCAGACCGUAGUCCUAGGUUAGAUAAGUCUGUAGAUCAUGUGAUGGAGGAUAUUUUUGCCAGGCUGUUUAGUUUUAUAGUGUUGAUGUAGUUUUUAGCAAGUGGGAUCACAUUUAUUAGAAAAUAUUUGUUGUAUUGUAGCAAGUAUCUGAUAGUCUGUGUAUGUUGUCUGUGUUAGUGAAUCUAGCCUGUUUUAGACUACUGUAUUCUGUGCAGUGUGGAAUGUAAUUGUGUUGUGUUAUGAGGUAACAAACAAUACCCCAAAAGAUAUCACAUUAAGAGUUUAUGAUCUUACAGAGCACACUGAAUAAAUACUGUUUUGAAAUUGG